AUGCAUCUCAUCCUCACUGGCGCCACUGGCCUCGUCGGCUCUGCCGCCCUCGACGCCAUGAUCAGAGCCAAGGACAUCUCCAAAAUCUCCAUCAUCAGCCGUCGCCCCGUGCCAAUGGCCGACGACGCCAAGGAUCCGCGCAUCAACGUCAUUAUCCACAAGGACUUCAACAACUUUGACUCCGCUAUCCUCGACCAGCUCAAGGACGCCCACGGCUGCGUCUGGGCCCUGGGCAUCAGUCAGACCAAAGUCAGCAAGGAAGACUACGUCGCCAUCACCAAAGACUACACCCUCGCUGCAGCAGAGUCCUUCUCCAAACUAGCUACAGCUGAGAAGCCAUUCCGCUUCGUCUAUGUAUCGGGUGAGGGCGCGUCGCAGACACCGGGACGCUUCUCGCCCAUCUUUGCUCGCGUCAAAGGCGAGACGGAGACAGCUCUGUCUGAUAUGAUGAAGACGCAUCCGUCGCUGCGUGCCGACUCUGUACGUCCAGCAUUUGUCGAUAACGCAAAGCAUGAGGCUAUCAAGCCGUACGUACCGGACGCUGGAUUCAUCUACAACGCCGCCAAGGGGGUUCUUGGGCCCGUCAUGAGAAGCAUGGCAGGAAGACAUUCGCCUACAGAGGAGUUGGGAGAUUACCUCACACAGUUGGCCAUGGGUAAACAAGACGCUGGUUUGGCAUCUAGCGGCGCAUACCAGCUCGGUUCGUCGUGGAUUGUGCCGAAUGUGGCUUUCAGGAAGGCCAUAGGUCUCUAA